GACUGGGAACGUCAGAGUGCCCUACGACUGCGCCGCGUGCACAUCCCUGCCUGCUCGAUCGUCACCCGCCCGUAGAUCAUCGUUCACACUCCCGUCGGUGCAUCGAUCCAUUGCGAUCGUUGAUCGCGUUCAUCCGUAAAUACCGAUAGAAGAGGAGGAAGAACAUAGUUUACCAGUGACUCAAGUGUGCUCGUGCGUCGUCUCUCUCUCUCUCCCUCUUCGUUUUCGUGGAUCUUUCAGACUUUCUUUCAUCUUUGGCUCGCGGACGUUUCGUCGUUCGUUUUGUCGAGAGAACUCGGAUGCAACAGCGUAAAAUGCGCGCGCCUUGACGAGACACGGAUAAGUGACAGACACAGUUCGUAAAGGACACCGUAUCGACUGCUUCUUCAUCGAGCUUCUUCAUUGAUUGACGAUGCUUGCACGACGAGAAACGAGUUGAGAGAGCCUUGUGAGAAAGCGGAUCGCGCGUACGCGUUAGAUUUUUAGUUCGUCGAUCGCAUCAACAAACGCGGUGUCACAGCCAGAAAACACCGGACGAUCGAGAGCGAGAUGCGUUGAGCCAUCGAUCACGGCGAGCGGCGCGGGGAUGAGCGAGGCGUUCAAUUAAAGCGUUCCAGAAGCGAGCGACAGAGCAGCAGACAGCAGAGAAGGAAACACAGGGGGAACUUUGCCAGUCGUUGUGACUCGCUUGGAAAAUAUUAGUCGCGGAGAGACGCAGCUUACGAUGCGGUCUCUCGUUCUCGUUCUCGCAACGACGAGCCACCGGUCCCGUUGAAUCUGCUCUUCCGCGUUCUGCAACCACGAGGACACGCUCGAUCUUCCGUUUCAGUGGCAGCGUUUCGAACCGCCGCGCGCGAGUGUCAUUUCGCCUCGAAGAAUCGAACACGGUCGGCGUGAGAAGAUUAGUAGCGCCAGCGAGCGAAGAUACGAUCCAAAGUCGAACAAGCGACGAUCGCGAUCGACAGCCAGCGUCGAUGCUAGCGAGCGUUUCGGCCGAUUGAUUUGGAGCGCGCGUGACAGGGAAGAGGAACAUCGGACUUUGGAAGAAUUCCAGCGGCGAGCCUAGCGUGGACGAUGAAGUGGUGCUUAGUGGUGCUGAUUCUGGCCGGUGUCACACGGGCGGACAAUUCCGUGGAGAGGGACUAUGCGAUCUUCACGUGUCCGGACCUGAAUUCUCAAGAGGAGAUCGACUUGAACGAGAUAAUGGGCAAGUGGUACGUGGUGGAGGUGCUGGAGCACAAAGUCGACCCGUUGAAGCCCGCCGGCGGAUCGAUCAUCGUCGAUUCUUGCCCGAUCGUGAACCUGAGGGGUGUCGAGAACUCGUCCAAGUUCUUCUCGUCGUUGAGGCUGUUGUGGACCGAGCACGCCGGCAAUCUCGAGUACACCUUCCGGAUACCGGAUAUCUCCAGGAAGCCGGGAUUCUGGAUCUCCACCUCUUUGCAAAAUGGUACGCUGGUAGCGAGACAGUACAACCAGUUCGCCGGCAACGUCCACGUAAUGAAGGCCGUGGCCUCGGACAUGGUGCUGACUUUCUGCUCCCGGAGCCCGGACAAUCAGCUGUACUCAUUGCUGCUCUCGCGAGAGCACAUCCUGCAGAAAAGCGACAAACGAGGCGUUCACAAUCUGCUGGCUCGCCGUGGCCUGAAAAUCGUCGGCAUUCGGGAGACCUGCAUGAACAACGCCGCCUGGAGAAGAGGAUCGUUCGAUCCGGUUGGCUGGCUGGUACUAAUAGGAGUGUUGUCCAGCUUUCUCUUUUUUGGCUCUUGGUAGUGGUAGUGACCGCCGAGUCGGAAGAAACGAUCAAAUUUUCGUGCGGGGGAGGGGAGGGAAAUCGUUAGCUGCUUGGCUCGAGUCGAUCUUUAACAAUCGUCCUUGAAUCCUUGAGUUCUUCUCGAUCGAGAUCCCGCUGCCAGAGGAUCGAAGACGACGCCGAACCAAGUCCCACUGCCAUCGCGAGACAAAUUCCCCGCGAAACAAAGUAAAUAAAUCCCUGUUCCUCGUCCUGGACGAAGAGGAAAUGAAGGAAGGAAGGGGCAAUUUCUGCGGCGGUAUCGUGAAAAGGACGGCCGAUUUAACGACGUGGCCGAUAGCAGAGGGCUCGGCUCCUCCUCUGAUCGCAGAAAAAAAAAAAAAAAGAAAAAGAAACAGAAAAGAAAAGCUAUCCUUAAUUGCCAACGCAGCUAACGAUCUCGCGUCUUCUGUCUGUUGCACGAAACCCCGUUUGCGGCGCAAUCGUAACGAAAAUCUCUCGUCUCGUCUCGUCUCGUCUCGUCGUGGCUGUCCGGUGAUGGACGAACGAAAAACACGAAUUUAUCGUUGCCUCUCCGCUAUUCGAUCACGUGAUACCGAUACGAAAGAGAACGAUAGGAUGCACGAUCACCACAGAUCGCUAGAUUCUAUUCGUACGGAACUGUUCGUU